AGCGGUCCAAGCCAUGGAUCAAUGCGAAGCAAGUGCUUCAAACUCGUCUUGCCCAUCAACAGGAUCGAACUCUAACUCGAACAAUUCCAACGCAAAUGCUAAACUUGGAGCAACAUUCAAUCAUGGAGAGGACAUACCGCCAGCCUCUUCACCAGCAACUUCAAUAUCUUCAGUAAUUAGCGAACAAUCUGAAGCAUUCCGCAAUUCUCCUUACCAUGCACAAUCUCCACUGAGCGCAGUUCUCUUCCAGAGACCAGACUUUCUUUCAAGUGAAGGUGACCGUCCGAUGUCAUAUCCUUCAAUGUCAUCAUUCUCUACAAAUGUUCCGGAUUCUGAGAAUUCCAGCCGAAGCAGCGUGGAUGGAUACAAUUUGAAGGAUACUACUUCAGAAAAGAUAAAACAGUUUCGUGAGAACAAUAAAAGGAAAACAAGUAAUUCUUCAAGUGAAGAAGAGCCUGAAACUGAAGAAGGAGAUCCAAGUAGAAAAUUGAGUUCGAAAAGCGCAGAGGACAAAUUUGUCGGCCGAGGAAUAGACGCACCAAGAGGAAGAAUUGCCAACAUUCGUCGCGAAAGUAGCUGCUCUGUGGACAGCGAAGCUGCGCACGAGCGUUUGACGAAAGCUUCGCAACAAGUUUCAACAGGUUUUGACGACAUUGCUCUAGAUUCCGAACGAUCCCCAGGAACAUCGGCCGAAUUCCGACGCCGAGCUCCAUCCUUCAACACAGUGAUCGGAGAGCCAAUAAGUGUUGUGACGAACGCCUUCAUUCCACAUAGUUGUUCCCCAAGUCCGACUCGUCAACAGGCUGAUCUGAUAAAACAGUGUUAUUCACCAUCUACGCAACAGAUGGUUCGUCCCAACAUCUCAUACAGUCCAAGCCCAAGAGAAAGUCCAGCACAAAGUCCAACAAGACACGCUCACAAGCUUAAGUUUCAGAGAGCAGAAUCUCCUAUAUGUCGUCAACCAAUCAAGCGUAAACUAACUGUUACCACAUUGGCAGAGACUGAUAUCAAGAGGCUGUUUGUGCCAAGAAGCAACACUUCUCCAUUGGUAACUGAUAAAACAUUUCCGUAUCCACAAAAUGUCGGCCAAUUGUUUGAAUCUGCAUCGACCAGCAGUGAAUUUUCAUCCUUUUCGUAAGUUGAAAUAUUUUUGAAAACUGUUAUAUAUCUCUUAAAUCGGCUAAUCGAAUCAAUAUCUCAAUAUUGGAGCGUUCCACACAGUCCAGGACCGCUUCGCGCAAUGACCCCAUUGAGCAGUGUGUCUGUUGGCGAUCAAGAGGAGAACUCGCCAAGUGUCAAGGAUGCCGAAGAGAAAACAACUGAUAAUGACGAAGAGAUGCAGGAUGUGGAGAUGUCUGAUAAUGGAACUGAAGUCGACGAUGACUUGAUUCGUGCUGCAACAGAAGCACCACUUCCAGAUGAUGACGAUCAGAACGACUUUGCAUAUUAGAACUCAUUUGCGUCAUAUUAUUUAAAUGUUAAUGAUACUGGUUUAACUGAUGAUUUAGUUCUAAUUUGGCGUAUCAACAUAUUUUAAUCAUUUCUGUUUUAAUUUGUCAUAGAUUGCACCCAGCUUCCAUUUCCACCACACUUGAUGAUCUCCUUUUAUCAAGCCCCUACACAAAUCAGCUUUUUCUUCUGAUACACGCGUCUCUUUAACACUGAUUUAAGUGAGUCUCAAACAUAGAGUGAAUCUUUUGCUAGAAAACAGGGACUCCAUUUUCAGUCAUUUCAUAUGUAUGCUGAUGUCUCUCCUGUCUCCCGUUCGUUGUCAAUUUUUUUCAAACUUUUUUUUGCCCUGUUAAUUUUCACAUUCGGUUACUAGAACUACUGGUACUUCUGAAUGAUGCUCGUUAAUCACAUUCAAAUAUGCUUACCGAAAUGUAUUCGAAAAGAAUGAUCAUGCACUGAAUUUCAAUAAAUUCAUUUGCCAGC